GUGCAUGUUGACUUCCGCAUAAAGGGUUAUAAUGUAAGAGAGAUUAGUCUUGAGCACUGUUUGCAGAGAGAGUGAAACCUUUUCAUCAUGACUGAAUUUCACAGCUGGUUCUUUGCAUCCUGGAUUCUCUGUUAUCUCACAAUUUCUAAAUGCAGUGACGUCAUUGUACAGAGUUUCGAGGGUGAGAGGGUCAUUUUGCCAUGCAAAUAUGACAGCAAAUAUCAUGGAAAAUGUCACAUAUGCUGGGUGAAAGGAGACAUUCCCAAUAUGGGUUGUGGUAAAGAAAUUAUUGGAAGUGAUGGAGAUAAAGUGGUGGUGAAAAAAUCAUUCAAAUACCAGCUGGAGGGAGAAAUACAGCAUGGAGACGUGUCUCUGACAAUCCUAAACAUUAAAAAAACAGACUCUGGCAAAUAUGGAUGCCGAAUACAUGUGCCUGGACUUUUUAAUGAUGAGAUGUACUACGUCCACUUGAUUGUUAAUGACGCCAUUAUUCCAACAACUUGGGAAACUACAUCCAUGUCGAGCAGCACAUCUGAGCCUGAAACCACAGGAGUUUUCAGCACUGCCAUGACAGAGGGUACUUUGACUACAUUAAUAAAGACUCUAUCUGCCAUCAUUCCGUCAUCACAGACAACACAAAAGAACACAACACAAGAGACUCCAAAAAACGUCAGUUCAACAAAUGCUCAUGAGAGCAGCACUAUUGGAUUGUGGCUCUCCAACACAACAUACGAAACCUCAUAUAAUCAUCUUGAACCGUCCUCUGUGGAAAACAAAGAUAGCGUGAUAAAUGCAUCAGCAGUGAUUGUGCCUGUCCUCCUGUUACUGCUGGCUUUGCUUGUCAUUGCUGUCAUUCUAAUAUGUGAGUCCAAAAAACAAACACCACAUGCUACCCUUAAACUUCACCUGAACUCAGAUAACUCUGUCAUCUACAGUAACUCUGGCAGCAGUGUGGGCCUGUACAACAGAGAAAUGGCUGUGGAAAAUAUCUAUCAAAUACAACCUGAAAAUGAAUAUGAACAGUGGCAUUAAUUCACAUUUAUAAUUUACCUUUAAGUUGAUCAGUGUAGACUUCUUGUCUAAUGUUGUAUUUACACUGUGUUUGUUAUAAUGUGACAGUUAUUGCUGAUCAGAUAUAUUAUUGCUCUGGACUAACCUUACUCUGACCUCUAGCGACUAACAUACUGCAACACUUAAUCAUUAUUAAAACUAAUCUAAGUUAACUAA